GCCACCUCCCGGAAUCGCCUUUUUGUUUUGGAGCUGCCUUCUCGCUGGCGGAGCGGAGGGUCUGAGAGCGCCGGGGAAGGCAGGCUAGGGGCGCAGCCCGCGCCCCCAACUGGCCGGGCCCCGCGGGGCGGAGAGGAGGACGGACGGACAGACGGCUGGCCGCGCCAUCCGCUCGCCGGAGCUCACUCUCCAAACUCCAAACUGUUGAGUGUGUGCGUGCACGCGAGGGUGGUGAUCGGGGGUCGUAAGUCCCGGGUGAGGAACCGGUUUCUGCUGGGGUUACCUUUGGACGGGCUUCCUGGGAUUCAGAGCAGGGUCAGCGUCAGGCUCAGAAACUGCUGAGGAAUUAGGCAAACAAAAGAGACCACUCAGCGAGUGGCCAGAAGUCGCCCGACAGCCUCGUCGCGCCCCCUCCUUCCUCCGGGGUUGGGGCUGGCCACUUCUGGGGCGGGGAGAGGGCGCCCGAGCCGGCGGGGGCUCCGGCUGCGCCGCCGGGGUCGAAGAGUUGGCGGCCUGUUGUGUAAGCCUCAGUCCUUGUUUUCCCGGCCUGGCUCGUUGUGAAGCCGGACACAUCCACCCUUGGACUCGAUUCAGGCGGCUGCUGCUUUUCUCCUUGCCCCUCUUGGAUUUUCCGGAUUUUUGAAAACCCAGUGGCCCAGGAGCAAGAGGAAGAAGGAGGAAGGGGCAGAUCUGCAGAGGAAUGUGAGAGCCUCCCAAAGCGAGAGCCGCCAAAAGAAUCUGGGAGCCAGAGGGACGGCCGAGCCCUGCCCGGGUUUCUGGAAUGGUGGUUUCAGAGUGAGUCUCUUCUAUUUUAGAACGUUGUUCCAGUGGAAAGUGUCGAAUUUUUCCCCUCGCAGGGCAGAUUUCUCCAGGUCACUUGACUUUUCUUCUGGGAGUAGGAGUUAGGAGAGACUCCCCUCUAACCCCCCAGAGGCUGCUAAGGGAGGAGGAGACUGUGGACAUGAGCCCUCCCUGCUCACAAGCAUAUGCCCGGAGACCUGAUAGGGCAGUUUCUGGGCCAUGGACAUUGCUUUGAAGAGCGGGAGACUGGACAGCAUCUGUGGGUGCUGAGACCCCACCUUAGGACCUGAGAGAUUGAACUGUGUAAGCGCCAUUCAGCUGUGAGUGCAUUCUUGGACUGCCUUGUGAGCAUCCCCGGUCUGGGCAGGACCCUCUCCUUCCCAUCUUUCUAUACCACCCAGCCCAGCCAUGGCACUGAAAGGCCGAGCCCUCUAUGACUUUCACAGUGAGAACAAGGAGGAAAUCAGCAUCCAGCAGGAUGAGGACCUGGUCAUCUUUAGCGAGACCUCACUGGAUGGCUGGCUGCAGGGCCAGAACAGCCGUGGGGAGACAGGGCUCUUUCCUGCCUCUUACGUGGAGAUCCUCCGUUCUGGCAUCAGCACCAACCAUGCUGACUACUCCAGCAGCCCUGCAGGCUCUCCAGGGGCCCAGGUGAGCUUGUACAAUAGCCCCAGUGUGGCCAGCCCAGCUAGGAGUGGUGGGGGCAGUGGCUUCCUCUCAAACCAGGGUAGCUUCGAGGAGGAUGAUGAUGAUGACUGGGAUGACUGGGACGACGGAUGCACAGUGGUGGAGGAGCCACGGGCUGGUGGGCUGGGCACCAACGGGCACCCUCCCCUCAACCUCUCCUACCCUGGUGCCUACCCCAGCCAGCACAUGGCCUUCCGGCCCAAGCCACCACUGGAGCGGCAGGACAGCCUGGCAUCUGCCAAGCGAGGCAGUGUUGUGGGCCGUAACCUCAACCGUUUCUCAUGCUUUGUGCGUUCUGGAGUGGAGGCCUUCAUCCUGGGUGAUGUGCCCAUGAUGGCCAAGAUCGCUGAGACAUACUCCAUUGAAAUGGGCCCUCGUGGCCCCCAGUGGAAGGCCAACCCCCACCCAUUUGCCUGCUCUGUGGAGGACCCCACAAAACAGACCAAGUUCAAGGGCAUCAAAAGCUACAUCUCCUACAAGCUCACACCCACCCAUGCUGCCUCACCCGUCUACCGGCGCUACAAACACUUUGACUGGCUCUAUAACCGCUUGCUACACAAGUUCACUGUCAUCUCGGUGCCCCACCUGCCUGAGAAGCAGGCCACUGGCCGCUUCGAGGAGGACUUCAUUGAAAAGCGGAAGCGGAGACUCAUCCUCUGGAUGGACCACAUGACCAGCCAUCCUGUGCUGUCCCAGUAUGAAGGCUUCCAGCAUUUCCUCAGCUGCCUGGAUGACAAGCAGUGGAAGAUGGGCAAACGCCGGGCAGAGAAGGAUGAGAUGGUGGGUGCCAGCUUCCUGCUCACCUUCCAGAUCCCCACCGAGCACCAGGACCUGCAGGACGUGGAAGAUCGCGUGGACACUUUCAAGGCCUUCAGUAAGAAGAUGGAUGACAGCGUCCUGCAGCUCAGCACUGUGGCAUCAGAGCUGGUGCGUAAACAUGUGGGGGGCUUCCGCAAGGAAUUCCAGAAGCUGGGCAGCGCCUUCCAGGCCAUCAGUCAUUCCUUCCAGAUGGACCCCCCCUUUUGCUCUGAGGCCCUCAACAGUGCCAUUUCUCACACGGGCCGUACCUAUGAAGCCAUCGGGGAGAUGUUUGCUGAGCAGCCCAAGAAUGACCUCUUCCAGAUGCUGGACACACUGUCUCUCUACCAGGGCCUGCUCUCCAACUUCCCUGACAUCAUCCACCUACAAAAAGGCGCCUUCGCCAAGGUGAAGGAGAGCCAACGCAUGAGUGACGAGGGCCGCAUGGCGCAGGACGAGGCAGAUGGCAUUCGCAGGCGCUGCCGCGUGGUGGGUUUCGCCCUGCAGGCCGAGAUGAACCACUUCCACCAGCGCCGUGAGCUCGACUUCAAGCACAUGAUGCAGAACUACCUGCGCCAGCAGAUCCUCUUCUACCAGCGGGUGGGCCAGCAGCUGGAGAAGACCCUGCGCAUGUAUGACAACCUCUGACCGCAUGUGCCUGGGCCCCCUCCUUCCCCUGGGCCUGGUCACUGCAGUGUACCCCACUUUCCCGACCUCCCUAUACCAGCAGUGGCUGGGGGAGGGGUCAGCAGUGGGGGAGAUAAGCGGCCUGUCCUGCCUCCUGGGAGAAGGAGCUUUCAAGGAGUCAUGGGUACCCCUGGGAAAUUCCCCACUCCUUAGAAGUGGGGCACAGCAGGGGUGAGAAUGGAGUCAGGAGCCCUCGAGGCCAAGGCCUGGGCUGCCAGUCAGUCAGUGAAGGUCAGGCCAGGGUCUCAGCCUCCCCUAGAGCCUAUUUUGCUUGCUCACCUGGCCACUGCUGCCUUAUCCAUUCAGCAGACGCCGAGGCCUGCUGCACCCCUGGGUCAGACGCUGGGCACCCAGGGCUGUGACAUGCCUGCUCUUCAGGAGUCCUCAGUGAAGGUCAGGGUCAGACACAGACAGAGUCAAUGCAGUAUGACUGAUGGUUAAGUGAGGGAUUUCUGGAAGCUCAUAGAAGGGACCACAGCGUUCCACUGGUCAGGGGAGACUCCAUAGAGUAGGCAACAUUCGGGCAGUGUUUUGAAGAAUGACAAGGGCCUGCCAGGCAGUACAUGGGGGAGAAGGACUUUCAGGGGAGAGGAACAGCAUGGGCAAAGUUAUGGAGGCAUGUAAACAUCUCCCUCUUCUCUCCCUUACUUUCCAAGCAAGUUAGGUGCGCUUUCCAUGGGGAUUCUGGCCUGUGUGGUAGGAAGGGAUCUCCCUUGCUCCCAUGUUGCUGGCUGUCCGUACAUCACCCUGUCCCCUGCAGGAGGGGGCUACAGGCCAUCUCCCUCCUGUAGGCCUCUGACUCCCCUCCACUUUUGGGCCCUCAGCUUAUCUCAGGUAGGGGACCAUUGCAGCAUCCUCCCCUCCUCGGGCUCAAGGUGCUGAGGUAUAAGCCCUGGGCCCCAGAUCCCUGGUGACACCUUCCUGGAGAAGACUCUCAAAAGUGACUGUAUAUUUGAGUUCACCAGCAAUAACUCCCCACACUCGAAGCAGGUCCAAACCCAGGAUCCCAGGGUCCUUGGGCUCCGUGGCACUGUCUUCCCCACAUCCUUCUUGUUGCACAAUGGGAAACCUAAGAGGAAAAAGACAGGGGCCUGCCUGCCCACCCAUGCGAGGGAUUCCAUGCCCACCUGCCCUCUGCCUGCCUCACUGGAAUGUGGGCCCCUGCUCCCAGUCAGGUUGUGCUGUCUCUGACCUAUGUUUACAUCCCCGAGGGGUUUCUGCCUCCUCCCUGCCCGGGUCAGGGUGUGGUCCAGCAGCUUGUUGUGGGGUGCUGACCUGUGUCACCACUGCCCUCCUUGCCCCCGGGGGGGUCAUGGUCUCCUCCUGGAUGCUGCUGCUUGAAUCUUUUUUCUUGAUAAACCUUUUACAAUUAAGAUAA